AUGUUCAGACUCGGUCGCAACCGCGCAUUGGCCUCGGCCUUUGCUGCCCCCAAGACUUCCCCCGCCCCCAGACUUCCCAGCUUCGCUCAACAACAAAGGAGAGCGCUCAGCAUCCACGAAUACAUCUCGGCCGACCUCCUCAAACAGUAUGGCAUCGAUGUCCCCAAGGGCGCCGUCGCCAAGUCUGCCGCCGAGGCUGAGGCUGUCGCGAAGUCGAUCGGCAGCGACGACAUGGUCAUCAAGGCCCAGGUCCUCGCCGGUGGUCGUGGCAAGGGUACCUUUGAUAACGGCCUGAAGGGCGGUGUUCGUGUCAUCUACUCCCCCACCGAGGCCAAGAUGUUCGCCGAGCAGAUGAUCGGUCACAAGCUCAUCACCAAGCAGACCGGUGCUCAGGGCCGUCUCUGCAACUCCGUCUACAUCUGCGAGCGCAAGUUCGCCCGCCGCGAGUUCUACCUCGCCGUCCUCAUGGACCGUGGCUCCCAGGGCCCCGUCAUCGUGUCCUCGUCGCAGGGCGGCAUGGACAUUGAGGGUGUCGCCAAGGAGAACCCCGAUGCUAUCAACACCACCUACAUCGACAUCAACGUCGGUGUGACGGACGAGAUGGCCCGCGACAUCGCCGUCAAGCUCGGCUUCAGCGAGCAGUGCGUUGACGAUGCCGUCAAGACCAUCCAGAACCUCUACAAGAUCUUCCUCGAGAAGGACGCCACCCAGAUCGAGAUCAACCCCCUCUCCGAGACUUCGGACCACAAGGUCAUGUGCAUGGACGCCAAGUUCAACUUUGACGACAACGCCGAGUUCCGCCAGAAGGAGGCCUUCGAGUGGCGCGACACCACCCAGGAGGACGCCGAUGAGGUGCGCGCCGCCGAGUCCGGUCUCAACUUCAUCAAGCUCGACGGUGACAUCGGCUGCCUUGUCAACGGCGCCGGCCUUGCCAUGGCCACCAUGGAUAUCAUCAAGCUCAAUGGCGGCCAGCCCGCCAACUUCCUCGACGUCGGUGGUGGUGCUACCCCCGCCGCCAUCAAGGAGGCUUUCGAGCUCAUCACCAGCGACCCCAAGGUCACUGCCAUUUUCGUCAACAUCUUUGGCGGUAUCGUCCGCUGCGACGCCAUUGCUCACGGUCUGAUCAACACUGUCAAGUCGCUCGACCUCAAGAUCCCCAUCAUUGCCCGUCUGCAGGGUACCAACAUGGAGGAGGCCCACCGUCUGAUCAACGACUCGGGCAUGAAGAUUUUCUCUAUCGAUGACUUGCAGAACGCUGCCGAGAAGGCGGUGCAGCUCAGCAAGGUUGUCAAGAUGGCUCGUGACAUCGAUGUCGGCGUUGAGUUCACUCUUGGUAUCUAA